GCGCCGGGCCUAUCGGGCAGGGCCGGGGCGCCGGGCUUCCCAAAGGGCCCCGCCUCGGGGAGGAUGGGGGCUCCAGCCGACCGUCUCUCAAGCCUGCAGCUCGGGCCAGGACGUGGAGGGCCCGGCGCCCGCUGGCCGGGCUCCUCCAGCCAGUGGCCCGAGGGAGGGCUGCGAGGCGGUCAGAAGGCAAACAGCCACGACGCCGCUGCGGUGUCACACCCGCGCCCCCUCGUGAAUGCCAAGGGGCUUCAGGCCGGAGGAGUCGUUAGGGAAAGGGCUGCGCCCACAGACGCGCCCGAGGCCACCUGCACGCCUCCGCGGCCCGGGACCAGGGGGGCCUGGCCUUCGCCGUGGUGCCCACCAGCCGGGCCGCAGGGGUGCGUGGGUGCCCGGUCCCCGAGAGCCGCGGGCGCCCGCCGGGCUGGGGUCCCCGAGGCCGCGGGGUCCUGCCCCCUCCGAGGGUCCCGCGAACCGGUGGCGGUCCCCGGGCCCCAUCGACUCGCCCCGCCCCGUCCCGCCCCGCCGCGGCCCCCAGCGCCCGGUCCACCUUAAGGGGCGCGCUGACAUCAGCGCGCCGCCGCCGCCGCCGCCGCCCGUGGGGUGGGAUUUCCUCCGCCGCCGCCGCCGCCGCCGCGGGUCCUGCGCCGCGUCCAGCCCGCCCGCCCGACCCCGGCCCGACCCCGGCCGGCCCCGCCCGCCCGGCCCCGGGGAGGGAUGCGGCGGCGCGGCGCCCAGGAUGCCCCGCAGCCCCGGGACGCGCCUCAAACCCGCCAAGUACAUCCCGGUGGCCACGGCCGCCGCGCUGCUGGUCGGCUCCAGCACCCUCUUCUUCGUGUUCACGUGCCCGUGGUUGACGCGAGCUGUGUCCCCAGCUGUUCCCGUCUACAAUGGCAUCAUCUUCCUCUUUGUCCUGGCCAACUUCAGCAUGGCCACUUUCAUGGACCCUGGUGUUUUCCCCCGAGCGGAUGAGGAUGAGGACAAGGAGGACGACUUCCGGGCUCCGCUGUACAAGAACGUGGAUGUGCGAGGUAUCCAGGUCCGCAUGAAGUGGUGCGCCACGUGCCACUUCUACCGCCCGCCGCGCUGCUCCCACUGCAGCGUCUGUGACAACUGUGUAGAGGACUUUGACCACCACUGCCCCUGGGUCAACAACUGCAUCGGGCGUCGAAACUAUCGCUACUUCUUCCUGUUCCUGCUGUCACUCAGUGCACACAUGGUGGGCGUCGUGGCCUUCGGCCUGGUCUACGUGCUGAACCACGCUGAGGGGCUGGGAGCCGCGCACACCACCAUCACCAUGGCUGUCAUGUGUGUGGCCGGCCUCUUCUUCAUCCCUGUCAUUGGCCUCACUGGCUUCCAUGUGGUGCUGGUCACUCGGGGGCGCACCACCAACGAGCAGGUGACUGGGAAGUUCCGCGGGGGUGUGAACCCUUUCACCCGAGGCUGCUGUGGAAAUGUGGAGCACGUGCUGUGUAGCCCCCUGGCGCCCCGGUACGUGGUGGAGCCACCCCGGCUGCCGCUCGCGGUGAGUUUGAAGCCGCCUUUCCUUAGGCCUGAACUCCUGGACCGAGCUGCACCGCUCAAGGUCAAGCUUAGUGACAACGGGCUGAAGGCUGGCCUGGGCCGUAGCAAGUCCAAGGGCAGCCUGGACCGGCUGGAUGAGAAGCCACUGGACUUGGGGCCGCCACUGCCCCCCAAGAUAGAGGCUGGCACGUUCAGCAGUGACCUGCAGACGCCGCGCCCAGGCAGUGCUGAGAGUGCCCUGUCAGUGCAGAGGACCAGCCCCCCAACACCUGCCAUGUACAAGUUUAGGCCGGCUUUCCCCACGGGUCCCAAGGUGCCCUUCUGUGGACCAGGCGAGCAGGUUCCAGGCCCUGAUUCCCUGACCCUGGGGGACGACAGCAUCCGUAGCCUGGACUUUGUGUCCGAGCCGAGCCUGGACCUCCCUGACUAUGGGCCAGGGGGCCUGCACGCAGCCUACCCGCCAUCCCCACCGCUCAGCGCCUCUGAUGCCUUCUCGGGCGCUUUGCGCUCCCUGAGCCUCAAGGCCUCGAGCCGGCGGGGCGGGGAUCACGUGGCCCUGCAGCCCCUGCGCUCUGAGGGUGGGCCCCCCACGCCCCACCGUAGCAUUUUUGCCCCCCAUGCACUGCCCAACCGCAACGGCAGCCUGUCCUAUGACAGCCUGCUCAAUCCUGGCUCGCCUGGUGGCCACGCCUGCCCUGCCCACCCAGCAGUUGGUGUGGCCGGAUACCACUCACCCUACCUGCAUCCUGGGGCAACGGGCGACCCGCCACGGCCCCUACCCCGCAGCUUCAGCCCCGUGCUGGGCCCCCGCCCCCGGGAGCCCUCGCCUGUGCGCUACGACAACCUGUCCAGGACCAUCAUGGCAUCCAUCCAGGAGCGCAAGGACAGGGAGGAGCGUGAGCGCCUGCUGCGCUCCCAGGCCGACUCACUCUUCGGCGACUCAGGCGUCUAUGACGCUCCCAGCUCCUACAGCCUGCAGCAGGCCAGUGUGCUGUCCGAGGGCCCCCGAGGUCCCGCACUGCGCUAUGGCUCCAGAGACGACCUUGUGGCCGGGCCCGGCUUCGGCGGCGCCCGCAACCCUGCCCUGCAGACGUCACUGUCCUCGCUGUCCAGCUCCGUGAGCCGUGCACCGCGGACGUCGUCCUCCUCCCUGCAGGCUGAUCAGGCCAGCAGCAACGCCCCGGGGCCCCGGCCCAGCAGUGGCUCACACAGGUCACCCGCACGCCAGGGCCUGCCCUCCCCGCCCGGCACUCCCCACUCACCAUCCUACGCGGGCCCCAAAGCUGUCGCCUUCAUCCACACGGACCUCCCAGAGCCACCGCCCUCGCUGACCGUGCAGAGGGACCACCCUCAGCUGAAGACUCCCCCAAGUAAGCUUAAUGGGCAGUCCCCCGGCCUGGCCCGGCUGGGACCUGCCACCGGCCCCCCAGGGCCCUCUGCCAGCCCUACACGGCACACGCUGGUUAAGAAGGUGUCCGGCGUGGGUGGGACCACGUACGAGAUCUCGGUGUGAGGACUGACUGCCACACAUCCGCCAUGGUGCCACGGGGACCAGGACCCCGCAGCGCACCCCCCCUCCCCACCAACUUCUCUGCCCCAGGGACCCGAGGCCACCCCAGCCUGGUGUGGACCCAUCGGCGGGAGAGAGUGCCACGCCUCCACAGCUUGCCCCAAGCGCUCUGCCUGCCUGUCCACUCAUCUGCCCAUGGGGAAGUCGGCUCACUGGGACAAGGGCCACUGGGCUGGUCUGUGUCUGGGCCUGUCCCAUGGCUGGGGCAGUGAGGGGGCCCAGUCAGCCUCUUUGGGGCACCCUCUCUCAGCCAGGCUUGGCCCACUGCCAUCACCCAGCACCCCAGAUCACCGCCAGGCCAGCCCCCAACGGUCCCCUUACGGACGGGUCCCAGAGAUGGACAGAGGCACCCAGGGCCCCCACCGUCCUUCUGACACAGCCUGUGGGCUCCCGGACCGAGUGUCCCCCGCCAGGCUACUCCUAACUAACGCGUUGCCUUUCACGGACCCCGCUGGAAGCUUGUAGCUUGGCAAGGCCGAUGCUUCUGCCCUGGCCUGCUCUGGGUGGUGGUGGAUAGGUGGACAGACGGCCAGCCAGCCAGCUGUGGCCGGGGGCCCGGCUCCAUGUGUCCCGUGUCUGUGUGCUGUGCUGCCGCGCCGUGUCUGAUGUGUCAGUGCUCCGGCCGCCGCUGUCCCUUUCAUCAAAGCCUUAACCUUUGCUUUAUGCUCUUGUGGGAGGCGACGGGGGGCAGGCGGGAGCAGGCACGGGGGUGAUGCUGCCACAGGGGGCUGGUGACACCCAGAGCCCCCUCCCCAGCCCUCAGGCCCUCCCUGCCAAACUGGAGAACCCCGCCCCAAGGCAUGCCACGUCCGCAGCCCCGGCCUGGCUGUGGUGCUCGCGCCGUGGGAAAGCACACUGGGGAGGGGUCAGUGCUUCCCUUGGUGUCAGGGACCUGAGAGUAAGCACAUGACAGCGUCUGCUUGCGUUGUGUCUGUUUUAUGUUUUUAUAUCUACAUCUAUAUAUCUAUAAUUUUAUUAAAAAAAAGAAAAAGAGUUAUUUUGAUUCUUUCCUUGGGCAAGGCCAGCGCUAUUGCUGCAGGAUCCCGAGUUAGGGGAGGGCAGGGGCCAGGCCUCAGAAGAGGGGGUGGCUGCUGUCUGGUGUGCAGGGGUCGGUGGGUUCCUCAGGGGCAUUUCUGCCGACUUGGGCUGAGUCAGAGGCUUGGGAGGAGGGGGCGGCCGAUGGUCUGUGGCUGGGAAGUGUGAGGGUCUCUCGCCUUGGGUCUGCAUCAGUUCUGGCAGUGACAGGGUGUUUGGGGGAAAGAUUUGGGUCUGCCGCUACCCACAGGGGAUCCCAGGAACCCGAGAGCUUGGGGAGAUGAAAUGGGGGUGCAUAGGGGCCACCUGCUGGCUCAGGGCCCUGUGGGGGCCGCUGAACCUGCUGGAACUCUCCUGCCUGCCACAUUGCCAGGGGCAGGGCUGAGGGAGUGUGAGGGAUGCACAGCUGUUCAGGGCUGAGACAUCCUGGGCUGGGGCUGUCCCAGCGUGGGAGGUGUGCAGGCUGUAGGGCCCCGAAGCUGACCUCCACCUUUCUGCUUCUCUCUCACGGACGCCGCGGCCCGCAGGGGGCGGAUUGGCACCUGCACCCGUGGAUGGGGGCGGCGUGGCCAGCCUUGGGUGCCUCCUGGGCUGCACCUGUGCCACCUUGGCCGCCCGGAGGACCGCCCACCACUGCGGGCCCCCUGGAGCCAGGCCGCCGGGGCACCCCCACGCGGGGCCAUGUGCCGCCUGCACUUGGCUGCCUCCAGUCUUUUCCCCAGCCUCUCGGGGCCCUAGCAGGAUGACAAGUAGGCGGCUCUGGGGCCCAGGACAGCCCAGCUGGGGACCCAGGAGGUCAGACUGCAGUGGACCCUGGGGCAGGGCUGGGGGUGGGCUGGGCUCUCUGCUCCACCAGCCACAGCUUGACAGACUCCCAGCCUGCCAGGGCCUGAGACCCUGUGUCCACAUGACCUCAGGGAGUCCCCCACCUGCUGCAGGGGGUCCAGCACCCCACAGGGAGUCAGUCCCAGAGCUGUGGGGACCGGCACGACCUUUGCCCAGCCUCCCUACCCAACCAAGCACUUUAGACUAAGCCACUUCCUCCUCGGGGAGCCCAGGCCUCCGUGGGUUGGGCUGGGUGGGGGGAGUCUCAGGUUGCCCCUGAAGGUCUCUGCACUCCUCCUGCCCUUCCCCUGACACAUGAACAGAUGCCUUAACUUCCUGGAGCCACCAGCCUGGUGAGCCAUUGGCCCCUGCCUGCCACCAAGGUCCUGUGGUCGUGGCCAGCUCCGCCUGGGCCCCACUGGGGCUGCCUGCACCCAGAGACGAUGCCGGCGGGAUCUCAGAGGGCCUGAGGCCCAAGCCCUGUGUCCUCCAGCAGUGGUACGGCCUGCGGCAGGGUGGCACUCCGGCCAGCCCUUCUCCGUCACAGGGUCCCUGUCCCUGGGUCCACCCUGGGCUGUGGCUCUACAUCUCCCAUUUGGGGAUGAGAAAGCCACAAAACCAUUCUCUAUUGUUCUUAAGGGUACCCCUGCUAAUUAAUUCCCCAAAUAAAAUUUUUGGUGUUGAUCA